GUUGACAUGGCCCGCCUAUUGGCCGGUCUGCGGAUCCCACAGACAGUUGUAUGUUUCAUAAAAAUGCACUCUGAUGCGGCAAAUUUUCAGCUGAAUUCCCACUUGACUACACUGGCCAGCAUCCAUAAGAUCCACCACACCUUACACAGGCUGAACUUAACUGAAGACGUUGGACAGGACAGCCACCCCUCAGCUUGUUGCUCUAGAGCCAUGCCUCCCAGGAAAAAGAGGAGACCCUCUGCUGGAGAUGACAUGUCAGCCAAGAAGAGUCGUCAGGACAGUGUUUUUAGGAAACAUGAAACAUUACAAAUCCGUGAGGAGGACACAUUCUCAAGUAAAAGAUGCUUGGAAUGGUUCUAUGAAUAUGCAGGCUGUGAUGAUGUUGUGGGUCCAGAGGGCAUGGAGAAAUUCUGUGAGGACAUUGGGGUCGAGCCAGAGAACGUGGUGAUGCUGGUUCUUGCCUGGAAGCUGGAUGCCCAGAGUAUGGGGUAUUUCACCCUCCAAGAGUGGCUGAGAGGAAUGGGCUCACUGCAGUGUGACUCCACAGAGAGGCUGAGGAACUCUCUCGACUACCUGAGAUCUGUCCUGAACGAAAGCACCAGUUUUAAGCUCAUUUAUAGAUAUGCCUUUGACUUUGCUCGGGAAAAGGAUCAGAGGAGUUUGGACUUGAACACAGCCAAGUGUAUGCUUGGACUUCUGCUGGGAAAGACGUGGCCACUGUUUCCUGUGUUUAAUCAGUUUCUAGAGCAAUCCAAGUACAAAGUCAUCAACAAAGACCAAUGGUGCAAUGUUUUAGAGUUCAGCAGGACAAUCAAUCUGGACCUCAGUAACUAUGAUGAGGACGGUGCCUGGCCAGUUUUGUUGGACGAGUUUGUGGAAUGGUACAAGGAGAGACAGAUGUCAUAGCUGCGGAGCAAAACCGAAAAAGGAAAAAAAAAAAACACAACUGUGACAACAACGGCUAUGAGAAUCAACAACCAAUAAGUAAACAAUACAAAAAUGGCAAAGAUGUACGUCAGCAGUGGCGGUGGGUGCUUCUCGGUGAAGGAGGGGGUUCGGACUUUGGGUGGGCAGGGGUGGGGGCGCUGGGUUUUGCAGCCUGGGUGCAUGCUGCCCAGAGCAGAACGGGCGGAGGGCUGUCAUUGUGAACUUACGUUCCCUAGAUGCAUAGUGGGCAAGCUUGCAGCAAUCCCCCAGCGGCAUUGCUCUCUCUCACUGUGACAUGUCAUAUUGCUGUCUGUGUUAGGAUGACAUGACACAUCACACAUGGAUGAUGAAAGCAAAAUGGUAUUGUGUGGGAGAAGCACUCCUCACCCCCUGUCUCCAGCACAGAGAAACCAACAGAAAUGACCAUUCAUGCAUUGUGUCUGAGUCUUAAACAGGGUCAUGUUGACCUGGGCACAUUAAAAUAUUAUAUUUCUGUGCAAUGAACUUGAACUUGAGCUUUUCUGGACAGGUGGCGCUAACUAUUGUUUGUCAUGUUUGGAUUUAGAUAGAGUUCUUCAAGAAGCACACUGUGUCAAAAGGUUGAAUGCAGGUUUCUGAUGCCUGUGCCGUUUACUAUUGAUUUGUGCCAGUGUUCUCUUUCUCUUGGUUUUUGGUCCCUCCUGCUGUUUUGCUCCAGCUUACGCUAACCAUUUGCUAACUCCCUGCAAAGGCUUCAGACCUCAACACCAAACAAAUUAGCAUUGCUGCUUACUUACUCUUAUCAUAGUACAGCGGUGAGCCACUAGUGCUCUGACAAGCAUUUAUUGGUCUGAUGGCCAAUUUAUGUACCUUCGUUGUGUAGGUAAGAGUAUUACUGUGCCUCAAAAACAUGGAAGUCACUUUGUGUGUCCCACACACAUACCAACAAAUCUGAAUAUACAGGCUGGUGACAAAAUAAAGGAAAAACCAACAUGAAGCGUCUUAGUGCAACCAGAACAGUUCCCAAGCGCUGUGGUACAAAUUUUGCAGGUCUGUGAACUCCACUGGAGAGAUGAAGAACGUUCCUUCAAAACGUUCCCUCAUUUGGUGUUAUGAUGAUGGUGGAGGAAUGCGCUGUCUAACACAUCAGUCCAAUAAACUCUCAUAGGUGUUCACAGGUGACGUUAGAUCUGGUGAUUGUAAAGGCCGCAGCUUUCAAUUCACAUCAUUUUCAUAUGCCUCAAACCUCAUGCCCUGUAGACAGGAGCAUUUUCAGCCUGGAAGAGACCACUCCCCUCAGGUUUCUCCUUUAAUUUGUCACUUGCCUGUAUACACAUGUGCAGACACAGAAGACACACACACACUCAAACACAGACACACUGAGUGGUCAGGGAUUAUUUCAGGAUGAAUUGAGACUGUUUGGGCUGUGUUAUAAGUUGACAUAGAACUAGUUAGUGUCCAUUUUGUCUUGAUAUGUGGUAUCUGUUCUGUCUUCCUUAGUCCACUGAUAGUUUCAAGUCUCCCUUUAUUAGUAGCAUCUCUCCCAACACUGACAGUGUUAAUAAUGUAACUACAGUGGAAGACCAGUGACCCUUUCUGGAUGAGGUCCUUUUAGGCUUUGUAGAAAGGUAGGUUUGCUAAAAGCGUUGCUAUGUACCACCCAUAGGAUCUAAUCAAAACAAUGGACACUGACAGUUUGGAACUGCGUGAUGAUGCUAUGCUGUUCUUUUUGCCUAGUGUAUUGUUCUUGUAAUACAUGUAUAAAUUUGUCUUUGGCUGUGGUGUGAUGCUGAAUCGUCAGAAGAUUUAAUAUUUGCAUGCAUUGCUCCAACAGAGCCUUUUGUGAAUGGAUGAGAUUUUUUGAAAACAUUUUUGAAAACAUGUUUUUUGUUUUGUACAGGAAUUUGUGCAAGUGUUUUGUGCUUAAUUUGAUAUUCACAAUCAUGUUACCGAACAGAAAGUCAUGAUUGUGACUAUUAAGACCUGGAACACACCUGUAACCUCACGGUGGAACAGGAGUUCCCUCCUGCAUAAACCCCAUGCCCCACAUUCUCAUGUCAUACAGCAGAAAGGCACUGCAGCCAGUUUAUAAGAUUUCAUUUAUUCAAAAUGUAUAACAGGUACAUGACUCAUUUAAAUUCACUGCAACUGAUACCAAGUGACAUAUUGUUACAACACAUGAAACAUCAGCAUAAUUUUUAAAUGGAGGUAAUUGUCAGAUUGAAGAGAGUAAAGGUUUAGUAUUCUCCCAUGGCAAUGCAGGAGGAUGAACAGCCUUGUCCCAACUGUAUAUAUGUAUGUAAACUAUGUGUCUAUAUGUUUGUUUUCAAUAUAACCUAUGUCUAUAUACAUAAAUAAAAGGGUUUAUUAACUUA